AUGUUUUUAAUUCUGCUUGGGUUUUGCUUCGCCCCCACAGAAGUUGAAAUCCUCCAUUACCUAAGCAGAAAAGUGAAGGGAGAGAACUUGCCGGAGGGUGUAAUAUUGGACAUUGAUAUUUACGGCCAAACUCCCUGGGACAUAUUAAAAAAGGAAGAUCGAUGGCAUACGAGUAGCAAUGAUAAAUGUCAAUUCGUUAUCUACGUCUUCACCAAGUUGAAGAAAAUUGGCGAUAAGAAGAGAGUUGUAAGGAGAACCGGGUGUGGGAUUUGGGAUGACCAAAACAAGCCUGAGAAAAUUUAUAAUGGACAUAAACAGCUUAUUGGUUUUAAUAAGAUGUUGGCUUUUGAAGCAAAUGUCAAGAAAGACGAGUGGUCGAUAAUGCCAAGAGGUCAUUGGACUAUGCAUGAAUAUUCAUUGGGCGGUGUGAGUUUGGAUGGGCUAAAGGUAUCCAAAGAAGAAAACCCUAGUCGGAAGAAGAAGAAGAUGCGAUAUGAUCAUGAUGAGGCCUUUACAAGUACUCCACAAAAGACUCUAACUCUAAAGGAUCAUCUUGAGUUGCUUCUAACGCCAGUAACGUCUUCUGAUUUUCAGCCCCUGCCAUCAUAUUAUGAUGGGAAUCUACUACUGCAACGUCUUCCGAUAUUUAGCUACUGCUACCACAUGAUGAUGAUAUCAGAACAAUGA